AUGAUGGAUUUUACUGAAGAUAAUUCUAUAAUUGAAGACAACAAUGAACCUCACUACUUUAAUAAUAGCAAUGCAUCACUGCAUCAAAUGGAAGUUUUUGAUACUAAUUCUUCAACAAUAGUCCAGGAUAACGAUAUACACGCAGUUUCAAAUAGUACCCAAGAAAGUAUCCAAGAAAAUACAUCAACAAUCAACCUCUGUGAUAGUGACGAUGAAGACACGAAUAUUGACCAGCUAGCAUAUAAUCCGGUAGUAAAUUUAAAUAGCAUAAAAUUAGUUAAAAGACCUAAAAAUGUAAAAAAAAUUCUACCAAAACAUAGAAAAAAAACGGAAAAAACCAUUAACUUCUUAGAGGGCCAGAGGGUAAAUGAUUAUGUUAGUUCGCGCAAUAAAUUAAACGGGUAUACCCUACAUAUGCGAGAUCUAAUAACGCUCCUCACACCUAAAUCCUGGCUAAAUGAUGUUAUUAUACUGAACUAUUUAUUACUAUUAGUAAAUAAUUGUGAAGAAACAUUAAUUAUAACCACGGAUACUUGGGUAGAUUUUGGGCGAAGAAAAGAAUCAACAGUUAUGAAAUGGACAAAAUCAAACAAUUUAUACAAUUUCAAAAGAAUUGUCAUUCCCAUUAACCCCAACAAGAAUCACUGGGCCUUGUUUGUGGUUGACAUAUGGGAAGGGAUAGUACAUUCUUUUGAUAGUUUCAACAAAACUCAUAUGAAGGAGUAUUAUAUAGUAACUGAAUUUUUAUCUCUGGCAUAUAAUUACUCAGUAAAAAAACCAGGUGAGGAGAGGACCAUGCCUAUUUGGAAAUAUCAAAUAGAGAAUUCUCCCCAACAAAAAAAUACCUACGAUUGUGGCGUCUUUACAUGUACCAAUGCGAGAUAUUUUCUUCUGGGGAAAAAACUCGAGUUCACACAGCCAGAUUGUCAACUUUUAAGAAAAAGAAUUGCCUAUGAACUUGUUCACAGCGAACUUAUUCAGGAUCAUUCAACUAAUCUUUAA